UGAUAUCUGGAAGUUCAAAUGAGUAAGGGAGGUGAGUAGAUAACUCAUCAACUGGUCCUCAAAUUGCGUUAAAAUUCAUUGGAAGGUUUAAUCAACGUGUCCUGCACGAACCAUAUUUUUUGGCGUUCUGCUCAUCUCCAACAUUAUGAUCCGCUUACUGCAGCGUUGUAAUUAACAAUAAUGUCUAGACCCGAAGAGAUAGCACCUCCAGAGGUCUUUUACAAUGACUCCGAAUCAUUUAAAUACACUUCCUCCACACGUGUGCAGCAUAUCCAAGCAAAGAUGUCCCUUCGAGCCUUAGAGCUAUUGAAUUUGGAUAAGGAACAACCGCAUUUUAUACUAGACGUUGGAUGUGGUUCAGGGCUUUCGGGAGAGAUCUUGACCGAAGAAGGAUAUAACUGGAUAGGAAUGGAUAUUGCUCCAAGCAUGUUGGCAUCUGCCCUAGACAGAGAAGUUGAAGGGGAUUUGUUCUUGUCGGACUUGGGUAACGGAAUCCCAUUUAGAGCAGGUACAUUUGAUGCUGCUAUAUCCAUCUCGGUCAUCCAAUGGCUUUGUAAUGCGGACUCAGCUGGAUCAGACCCCAAAAAGAGACUUUUACGGUUCUUCAAUUCGUUGUAUGCUUCUCUAAAGAGAGGGGGGAAGUUUGUUGCACAAUUCUAUCCAAUGAAUGACAACCAAACCCAGUCAAUCAUGGAGUGUGCAAAGGUUGCUGGUUUUGCUGGUGGGUUAAUAUUGGAUGACCCUGAGUCAAAGAGGAAUAAGAAGCAUUACUUGGUUCUUACCGCGGGUCAAGCAGACAGAAACUUGAACCUCGCUGGUGCUCAAAUGGAUGCCCCAGAGACAACAAAGAAAUUGAGCAGUAAAAUGAAGAAAAAGAUGGAAUCAAGGAAGGACUAUAUUAACAGAAAGAAAGAAACGAUGAGGCGCAGGGGCAGACAGGUCGCAGAAGACUCUAAGUUCACAGCAAGAAAAAGAAGACCAAGGUUUUAGCUUGUUUGAUAAAUUAAAUGAAAUUGAAGGGAUGGUGAAAUUUAUCUGUCAUGCUUUUUCUGGGAAUGAUCGCACGUAAGAUAAAUCCAAAAAAAAAAAGGAAAAAACUCCGUAUCUUUCCAUGCCAUUGGUCUUAAAACUUGGUACCUCAGUCCGUAGGUUCUUUUGAGGAGCGAUCAUUUCCAGGAAAAUAAAAUGGAAAAUAUCAC